AUGGCAAGACCUCUUGUUUCCAAUCUUCUCAAUCUUCUUCUAUAUUCAUCAUCCAUGUCCUACAUAACAAUUUUCUUUCUUGUUCUUUCUGUUUUCUCUAUAUUUUUCAUGAUCACUUUCCUAUGUGGUAGCAAGAGCAUGAAGAAUCUCUACAUAGAGGAGGAAGAAGCAACGGCGGGGGCGGGUUCGAGCAACGAAAACAAUUUGAUUUCUAAGGUGAAAAGGAAAAUGAAUAGGAGAAGAGUUUUAAUGAUGAAGAUGCUGUAUUGGAGAAAAAUAGAGGCUGAAGAAUUGGAGAAAGGAAACCAAGAUGAUGAAGAGGAAGUUCUUUGGAAGAAGAAUAUCUUGAUGGGAGAAAAGUGUCGACCUAUAGAUGAAGAAAAUUAG